AAAUAUCUUCCCUUCUUCUCCAAACAUCACAUUUUUGUAUAAGUAUAUCUUUACAUGCUAUUGCUAGCUAGGGAAAUUGAAUAUCUCAAUCACAAAUUUUCCUCUUGAUUACUACUGCAGCAGUUUUCUGUCACACAAAUCAUUUCAGACAAGCUGGAGUAGAAUAUCAAGAUUCAUGCUUACCUUAAAGAUAAAAUUUACACAUUCAUGAAUGAUGAGAUGAGUUUAAGAGAAACAGCUAAGCAAGAGAGCAGUGAGGGUUUGAAGGCCGGGCCCGGGCCCGGGCCGGGGGCGUCAUGGAGGAUGAAGGAUCCCCGGAUAGUCCGCGUGUCGCGAGCCUUGGGAGGCAAGGACAGGCACAGCAAGGUGUGCACUGUCCGUGGGCUGAGGGACAGACGCGUGCGUCUGUCCGUCCCCACUGCCAUCCAGCUCUACGACCUCCAAGACCGCCUCGGCCUCAACCAGCCGAGCAAGGUCGUAGACUGGCUGCUCAAUGCGGCCAAGGCCGAGAUCGACCAGCUCCCACCCCUCCAAUUCCCCCCUCCCGCCACAUUCCUCCACAACUUCGAUCAACAACAACAACACAAAUCAAAAAACAUCUCAUCACAAACUCAAGAGAGAGAUGAUCAUCAUUGGCCAACAUCUCCACUCACUCAUCACCAUUCAUACCCUAACCCGAACCCGGCCUCGUUGCUCAUCAAUACCACUACCACUUCUUCUACAUCUUCAAUUCCGUUCAAUUCGUUUGUGAGAUGGGAUCCAUCAACCCUAACCCUCUCCCACCCUCCCCGAAGCCCUAAUUCGUCGCCGCCGCCACAUCAGCAAUCCGAUGACUGGCACAAUUUCAACCCGGUGGCGCCGCUCCACCACCACCACCACCAGGUGCUCGUGUACCAUCAGCCUUAUUUCCAGUCUCAAAUCUCCAACGCCGAAUUCGACAUGAAGCAACUCAACAACUACCAAGCCGCAUCCACACCAAAUGUGGAUGAGCCAUCCACACAUUUCAACAUGACUACUGCCAAUCUCCUCCCUUCACAAAGCAACGACGGAGGCAGAUGAUCGAUGAUCGAGAUUGUGAUUUCAUGUUGAUGAGAAGAACGUGACACAAGGUAACUAAGGUGCUUAUGUAUUGAAUUUAUAUAUAUGUUGUGUCAUUAAUUUUUCAUAUUAUUACAAUAGAUGAAUUCAAGGGCUUGUGUUAUUACAUGUAGCAAAUCAAAUUAUAAGUAUAUAGGAUUGUAGUAAGUAGUAAGUUUAUUGUCAUAGUGACAUUAUUUUCUCUUCUUUCA